UGCAAACCAGAAAGCGCACAUAACACAACGCUAUCAAGCACCGUUCGUCCGCUGAUCUGUACAUUUUGUAGUAAUGACAAUCUUCAUUGUGGCUGCGAUUUUUCUGUGCCUUAUGAUCAACGCUUGUGAUGCAGUCGGUGAUAAUGUUCCUCAGUUGACAAUCGCCUCGGUCGUGGCGUACGAUAGCGUCCAGAACCAGAUUUCCUGGCAUAUUCGUGGACUGCUUGUGGGAACUGAGGAACUGAAGAUGAAGUUUGCCGGACGCUUGACUAUUGAGCAUAAAAUUAUCUGGGUGACAAAUAUGUCGCAGGGACCGGAUAUCGCCGCUAAUAUUGUCAAACUGGCGUCGGAUUUGUAUUAUCGGGAACGGGAAAAAAACCAUUCCGUAAUUUUCUGUCAUCCAGGUUCGUUUGAAGAUAUUUAUCAACUCGGAUCGAUUGCGCAAGAAUGGAACGUUUUGCUGCUGACAACGGUAGGAAGCAGUUACGUGAUUACCCCCAAAAGCUUCCCCACCGUGGUAUCCAUGACCUACCGGCAACAGCGCUCCUUCGCCGAGUUUAUGAUGGUGGUGUUUGAUGAGUUCAAUUGGAAGACCAAUCUGUGGUUGUGCGAUCAGGAAACCAGCACCGGUGUCUACGCUCCAUCAGUGUGCUUCAAUGCCGGCAAGAUUCUGGCCGAUCAUCCCAAGUUCGUAACCAACAUGAUCGAUUUCAACUCCAAGAAGGCCUGGGAUCCCGUUCAAUUAUUGGAGAGUGCCAAGAAGCAGUCGCGCAGUAAGAUCAUCAAUAAUCCAACGCUUUUCUGA